AUGGCACUCUUGUUGACUGUGGUCAUUGCUAUCGCCUGCCUUGGUGAUCUGGCCUCCUCAGUCCCCGUGCAUCAGGUCAGCGUCCUGCAGGAGAUCAUUGAAGAGCUGAUCAAGAUCACCCAGAACCAGGCACCCCUAUGUAAUGGCAGCAUGGUGUGGAGUGUCAACCUAACGGGCAACGAGUACUGUGCAGCAAUGGAAGCCCUAAGCAACGUCUCGAACUGCAGAACCAUCCACAAUGCCAAGAGGUUACUUGACGGUGCCUGCAAACAAUACAAGGCCCCAGCCAGUCAGGUUUCCAGCUUGCAAGUCCGAGACACCAAAAUCGAACUGACCGAGUUCAUCAAGAACCUGCGUGAACAUUUAAGGAGCAUCUUCCGCCACGGACUGCUUACUGAAGCAUGA